GGCCAUGGGGAGCCUCCGCGGCCUGCGCCUGGCGUUUUUGUUUUGUAGUAUUUAUGAUGGGGUGAUGCCCUUUGGCAGGAAAAAGGCAGUGGAAGGGAAUUUUUUUAGGUUAUAUGAAAAAGAUGCUGCCUCAUCUGUAAGAUUUACCACAAACUCUAAUUUGAAGCAAAUAAAUGGAUUUUGCACUAAACCACAGGAAAAUCCCAAAGUGCCAUCUAACAAAUACAGCCACAGAGUGCCAUUACACAAACCAACAGAUUGGGAAAGGAAGAUCCUGAUAUGGUCAGGUCGCUUCAAAAAGGAAGAUGAAAUCCCAGAGACCAUCUCGUUUGAGAUGCUUGAUGCUGCAAAGAACAAGAUCCGGGUGAAGGUUAGCUAUAUAAUGAUUGCCUUGACAGUGGCAGGAUGCAUCCUGAUGAUUAUCGAGGGGCAAGAAGGUUGAAGCCUUCAGAAGCUUCUGAACAAGAUGUGGAUUUUCAGAAUUCUGCAUUGCUUUUGUAUAUUUGUUUAAACUUGCAUUUAUUAAUAAACUUGAGUUUACUGCCUAAGCAAAUUAUCCCCUGGGAUUUCUUUUAGCAUCAUCCAGGCAUAUAUGCUAUAGAGAGUUCCUCUCACGUUCUGUUACAUAAAAUGGUACAUUUAUCUUUUAUAGAAUUUCCAUUUCCAAAAGUUGUUAAAUGCUACUGGAAUGGAGGACUUUUCAACUUAAUGUGACUAAAAGAGCAAAAUUAACUACUUUGUGUUUUGUCCUAUUCCCAUCAACUUCCUAUUCAUUCCCAUUCUCUUCCCCCUCCCCAUACCUAAUUGUUUACAGAUGAUAUAAUACCAGCUUGUAUGGAUGCUUAGUUUCACUUAUUUGGUAUACAGAUUUUGAAACUGAUCUGUUUAUGUAAGCUAGCUUCAGUAAGGAGCUAGAAGAGUAUGAAAGUAUGCAAAUGAGUUGGGAAGGAGAAAUGUGAAAGAAGAAAAAAUGAAAUGGAAAUGAGAAGGUAUUUAAUAUCAAAGAGAAGAGGGAGGAAAGGGAGGAAAUAAAAGGAAAAAUAAGGGAAUAAAAGGAAUAAGGAAAAGCUGCAAAUUUACAGAAAGAGGCCAGAAAGGGAGAGGUGUGCACUAAUCUUGUGCUUGGGGAGGCUACUGUAGUCCAGAGCAUUAGAUGAUGUAGAAGGCAUGUGGAGGACCCUGCUGUCCUUAGUGGAAGGUAAUGAUGCCUCUUCAGCCUGGCAUAAUCACCUGUUCGAAUUUACUUCA